AUGCCAGCCCGUCCCCUCGACUACGGCACUUACGUGCCCCCAACCUCCUUCCCAUCCUUCACGAAGCAUGGCGCUUCCCUCCUUCCCUCAACAGCAGCAGCGCCCGUCUCCUCAUCCUGGCUCAGCUCCUUCGCCUCCGCCAUCCACGCCCGCGACAUUCCCUGCAUCCUCGACCACCUCCUACCGGAUGCCUACUGGAAGGACAUGCUGUCCCUUACUUGGGACUUUCGCGCCUUCCAGGGUCAGGCCGCAAUACGCAAGUUCCUGGAGGACAGGCUGGCUCUGUGCGAAGUUAGGAACGUGCGGUUGACCGACAAGCUCGUCCCCUCGGUUGUGAAGGUGGGUGAGCUGAGCUGGGUUCAGGCAUCCGCAGAGUUCGACACCAAGUGGGGGAGCGCCAGCCUCGUCUUCCGGCUGGUGCCCUACCUCCCCGAGCCCGCAGAACCAGCGCCCAAUGCCAACGGACUGCCCACAGAGCCAGACCCGGAAUGGUGCGCCUUCGCCCUUUUCUCCAACCUGGAUAGCCUGCAUGGCGUGAUCGAGCAGGUCGGUGCUCACCGGGUUGAGCACCCGCCACGCAAGUCCUGGAACGCACUGCGAGCAAAGGAGCUCGAGUUUGAGCAGGAGGGCCCGACUGUGUUGAUCAUCGGUGGUGGACAUAACGGCACGAUGAUGGCAGCCCGGCUGAAGUACAUGGGUAUAUCGUGCCUUAUCAUUGAGAAAGAGCCCCGAGUAGGUAACCAGUGGCGUGGGCGAUACAGCUCGUUGUGCACGCACGAUCCAGUCUGGUUUACUCAACUGCCGUAUCUUCCUUUCCCGAGUACCUGGCCGACCUAUACACCCGCAGACAAGCUUGGUGACUGGCUCGAAGCGUACGCAUCGCACCUCGACUUGAACGUCUGGCUAUCUUCUUCCCUCUCUUCUGUCACCUACUCUCCUGAGGCCAAGGAGUGGACCGCACAUAUCCAGCGAUCUGAGGGAACACGGGAGCUCAAGGCGAAGCAUGUCGUAUAUGCUGGUGGUUGGAACGGGGUGCCCUACUUGCCCGAGGUAGAGGGAAGGGAGGAGUACGAGAAGGCUGGAGGCAAGGUGCUCCAUUCCAGCGAGUACAGAGAUGCAAAGGGCUUCCAGGGGAAAAAGGUGGUGGUCAUUGGCGCGGGGGUAUCCGCGCACGACAUCGCCCAAGACCUGAUCAACUCGGGGGCGGGUAGCGUGACGCUCCAUCAGCGAAGCCCGACACUCGUCGUCUCCACACGCGCUCUUCGGGUCCUCUUGAACCGUUCCGGUUUCCGGCAAGAUGGACUUCCCGUAGAUACGGCAGACAUGCUCCUGCACAGCUUCCCGAUGGAUAUCCAGAAGCUCACCAUGGCGCAGAGUACUAAGCUGCUGAAGGACGUGGACAAGGACACGCUUGAAGGGCUCGAUAAGAAGGGGUUCAUGCUUGAUGAUGGUCCUCAGGGCGCUGGAUACCUCUUCUUGGUGCUCACCAGGAGAGGCGGGUAUUAUUUCGACGUGGGUGCCAGCCAGUUAAUCAUCGACGGCGAGAUCUCGCUCAAGGCUGGAGGUGAAGUCUCGCGCCUCACUCCCGGCGUGGUCCACUUCACGGACAACAGCACCCUGCCUGCGGACGUGGUCGUCUUCGCCACAGGCUUCGGGGCGAUCAAGGAGAACCUCGCGCAGACGUUUGGGGAAGAGUUCACCGCUGGGUUGAAAGAUCCUUGGUACCUGGACGAGGAGGGAGAGUUGCGCGCUGUUUGGAGGGACAGUGGUCAGGAGGGGUUCUGGUAUAUGAUCGGAAACCUAAGCUAUGCGAGGUUCUAUAGCAGGCGGGUAGCACUGCGUGAGUCUUGA